GUCCGUGGGUGAAGGGGAAACGGCUGAAGUGGGGGUGCAGUAGCACCACCAGGGGCCGCCCUGCGCCGAUCACUGGGGCCGCGUAUGCGCGCACGGAAAUUCCUCCCCUCCUGGUGCCGGUCGCUGACGCGGCGGCGGGAGCAUGGAGGCGGCGGCGGCACUGGGGGGAUCGGGGCUGCCGGUUGCCCUCAUCGUCCUCAUCCUCGUCCUGCUGCUGGCGGUCGCGCUGCACCGCUCCGCUCCGUGGGAGACCUCCACCGCCCCGCAGGACGGACCUAGGGAGAACAGGCACGCCAGGCCGGAGGAGCCGCGGAAGGCGAAGCCGGCGGCGAGGGGUCGCAGGGAGAAGAAGCCGCAGCAGCACAGCUUCGCACACCAGCUGCUGGUCGCUGCUCUCAAGGGCCACAGCAGCCGGGUCACCUGCCUGGACUUCAGCAGCAAUGGCAAGUAUCUGGCAUCAUGCUCCGAGGACCGCACGGUGCGGCUGUGGAGCACCCGGGACCUGGCGGGGCGGGAGCACCGCUGCCUGCGAGCCAAUGUAGGACUGGACCACGCCGAGUUCGUCCGCCUCAGCCCUGACUCACGAGCCGCUAUUGAGCCAGCAAAGGGAAAGAAAUUGGUGCCCUUGGCUUUCAUUAUCUGGCUGGCCAAUGCUGAGACCAUUCGUGUCUACAAGAUGAUCAAGAAGGAUGAUGGCAGCUUCACAUUCAGUGUGACUUCUGGGGACUUCCCAAAGAAGCACAAGGCUCCUGUCAUUAACAUAGGGAUUGCAGAGACAGGGAAGUUUAUCAUGACAGCUUCCAGUGACACCACCAUCCUGAUCUGGAGCCCAAAGGGAGAAGUUCUGGCCAGCAUUAACACCAACCAGAUGAACAAUGCCUAUGCCACAGUGUCACCCUGUGGGAGGUUUGUGGCAUCCUGUGGCUUUACCCCUGAUGUGAAGGUGUGGGAGGUGUGUUUUAGCAAGAACGGAGACUUCAGGGAGGUGACCAGGGCUUUUGAAUUGAAAGGCCACACUGCUGGUGUACAAUCCUUUUCCUUCUCCAAUGACUCAAGGAGGAUGGCGACUGUGUCAAAGGACGGCACAUGGAAGUUCUGGGGCACAGAUGUGGAGUACAAGAAGCAGCAGGACCCAUACCUGCUUCUGACAGGGCAGUGUGCAGUGCUGGAGCCAUGCCGCAUUGCCCUGUCCCCUGACGGCCGUACAGUUGCUGUGGCGGGCACCACAGACAUUGUGGUGUGCAACACACGGCGUGGUGAGGAGGAGGAGCGUUUUUUUGGUGUGCACAGCCACUGUAUCACCGACCUUGCCUUUGACACCACUGGCCGCUAUGUUGUGUCCUGUGGGGACCAUGCUAUCCGUGUCUUCCAUAACACUGCUGGGCACCGUGCUGUGGUGGAGGAGAUGGAGGCCAUGCUGAAAAAGACUGGGAACAAAGCCACGCAGGAGAGGCUGGAGCAGCAGAUCUCCAGUGCUCUCAAAGCAUUGGCUGCUAUCUAUGGCAAGAAACACUAA